CACCCACAAUCCCACUACUCGGCGAGUUCAACCUCAUCCUCAUCCACAGUCGACAGUCGCAGGCCAACCUUGCUAAAGGAGUGUCCUCCACAAACAUUUUCUUGGCGAUGGCUCCCCUUGCGUUACGACUCCCACGGUUUCCAGUGAUUUCUUCUUGAUUGAAGUUAGGCUUGAAUGACCAAAAAUAUGCCUUUAGGAGACGUUCGCCAAGCAGAAAGGGAUGAGGCCCAAAGUAAGCCAGAAUAAUAAGUACUGCUCGUAGAAUUCAAGAUGUGAUAUUAGUGCCUCCAUAACAUUUGUAUAGCGUUGUUUCUGUUGAAAAAACUAGCGAGUGAUUAGAGGAAGUUGCAAGCAAGAGUUUACGCAUAAAGAGCUCAUGUGCGCGAAACGGUAAAAGUAAAAAGGAACCAUCAAUUGCGAACUAAGCAGCAAAAUAAUUUAUUUGGUGAUGACAAGCAAGUCGAAAGCUUACUCAUUUGAGUGUCCAAAGCUCGUGUGAUAAUACUACUGAAUGCAUAGUGAGAAAUAUUGAAAAAAUCUAGAGCGAGAGAAGGAAUGGCAAAUGGCUGCUCAGGUGGGUGUAAGUAAGAGGCGUUAGGCAAGACAGGUGCCCGUCCACCAUCCUGAAAGAAUCGCUACGCCCAUCCUUGCUUACCUUUAUCCCCAUGUGAAUUCUACCAUUACCUGUCUCUGGUCUCGUCAAGAGAGGCCGCCAGUUGCAGGAACCGUCGGCCUGGACCUGUCCGAACAGCAAAACAAUUUUGAUAACGUAUUAGCCAUCCAUAAGAAGAUGACCUAUCUCUUGAGGGGAAGGCGUGGAUCCAUCUUCAACAUAGACAACAGGACAAGAAAUGUCUUCUGGUAAGCUUUCCGUCGACAUGCCUCUUGCCACAGUCCAGCAUGGAUACGCACACUUUCAUUUUCCAAUGACACUGCUUGAUUUUAUUUUGAAAUAAUUAUCCCUCCAAAAGAUUUUCCUCGAGCCAAUGUUAUAAGUGAUGAUCUAAUUUGUAACUGAAUUAGGGGGGCCUUAAUGUAAUCCAAAGAGACUUCGAUCAGUAAAGAUAAGCUGCAUUCAUUUCUCACGGAAUAAUGCGGGGUAAAAUAGCCUAGGUAUAGACGUAUGCAAUAUCAAUGGACUGAUUGAAGACCCUUAGAAAGUGGCGUUGUUGAUGGUCGGUCUUAUUAACUCGCUGCUAUGGAUGACGCAGAAUCAACCAUGAUUGAGACUUUGCCAGGCAGAGAUGAUGAUGAGUUUGGGAAAACGACGGCUGUUGCAGAAGCAGACGCUGCCAUGACCUGUCCAGCUGCCCAUUUGGACGCGUUGAGGCCGACAGGAAUCACUCUCUGCUCCAGUAAUAAUCCCAGUGAAUUUCCUUCAGAGGCUAGAAGAUACAGGAAAUAUCCAGAGGACAGCGACCCAACUCUCCUGCCGUGCACCAUCUGCAACAGGACCUUCAAUCCACAAGCUCUCGAGAGGCACAGGAAAGUCUGCGAGAAGCUCUCCACCAAGCGGAGAAAGACCUUCAAUUCUACGAGGCAGCGAGUGGAUGGGCUUGACAUUCCACCGACGCUUCCUACCCGUGGGAAGUCUCCCGAGCGUAAGGCGCAGCAAGCCAAAAGCAAGUCCAAAUGGCGCGAGAAACACCAAGAGUUCCUCAGGGCUAUACGUGCUGCCAAGGGUAUGGAAGAUGACGAGGAUGGAAAUGAUGGCCCUCCUGCACCCAACAUCCCGUCCGACUAUGUGCAAUGCCCGCAAUGCGAACGUCACUUCGGCCCCAAAGCCGCCGACCGCCACAUCGAAUGGUGCAAAGAAAAGGCGACUCGGAUGCCCAGGUCGCCUGCUAAUACCCAAGCAGCUCAACGGCUCAAAACGAGAACGAAGUACGCACCUCCAAAACCGGGUCAGAAUGGGUGGCGUGCCCCCAAGAAAAGUGACGUCAUUUCAUCUAUUCCUCCCCCAAGUUCAGGUCCAACUCCGACACCGGGAGGAGCUUUGGGCGCCCGAGAGUUCAGCCCACCCGCCAAUCGACAGAUGAGUCCUCCCAGGUCACUUGGUCGCCAGACAAGCCCUCCUCUUCAUGCAGGUCGUCAGCUGAGCCCUCCUCCCGUGACCUCAUCUCGCCGCACUUCGAUUUCUUCCGUCACUUCCCUUGGCAGAUCAGGCUCCAUGUCCCUCGGACGCUCUGCAGGCAAGCAGUUGUCCGCCAUGCUGUCCUCCGGACACAGCUCAGGCUAUGGGUCUUCCGCCUCAUACGGGACUUCCUCAGGAUACGGUCAGUCUUCCAAAUAUGGCCAGCUUUACGGAUACAGCCAGCAGUCCCACUGUGGUUCUGGCGCAGGAUCCAGCCUCUCCCGGGCUCAGGUUGGCCGUUCUUCCUUCUCCGGUGGAGUUUUGCCCUUGGUGCGCCAAGGUUCUAUGCGGUCCUCGUUGCGUCGCACAUCAUCAAGCACCCCAAUGGCAAGGCACAGGGAUCUCACCUCAGACAUGAUGGCCAGCGUCUGCAUCAGCCCUGAUCCCAAAAGAGGAGAACCGGAAGGGGACGAAGCUGGUGAAAUAUUGCCUGCCUGCUCCUCGUCUCUGGAAGCGUCGUUUUCUAAUAAAACAGAGAAGGAGAAAAUGAACCAGAUAAGAAAGAAAGCGCACGGGACCGAUUGGAAUGCAAGAGAAAAAUAUGACAAAAUCGUAGAGACCUCAGAUAACGAAGAGGAAGCCCAUACCAAAAAUGAAAGGACUAGUACGAGCCAAAACAUUGAGCGGAAGAAUAACAAAAAUGCAUCAGAUCUCAGAGAGAAGAGAGAAUGGUGCAGCAGUAGUGAAGGGGCUAUCAGUGCCAUGUUGUUAGGAGGAUGUGAUAGUGAAAGGAAUAGGCUUAUCGAUUCUUGCGGGUCAGGAGCCCCCAAUGACUUUGAUGACGAUAGUGACAAUGAAAUUCUGAACGUGCUCAAAUACAAUUAUGACAGUGAGGAAGAGCUGGACAUUCCAACCGAGGAAAACUUCUUGAAGUCCUCCACUUCGGUGAGUGGCGAUGACGAGGCUUUAGACCAGAUGAAUUUUGGGAGACCCAGAUCUGUCCAUUUUGAGGACGAGAUGUGGGAGGAUGGAGAAUAUAAACUCAAAGACGACGCAGAAGUUCGACACGUUGGCGCCAAGGAGGAAAUGCAAAAUCACCCCAAACAGGAAGCAGCUUGUGUUAACAGGAGGUUUCAGGAAGGAGAAAAUAUCAGUACAGAAAUUCAGCUGUCGAAGCUAGGUCGCCUUAGUAAUGUCAAAAGUGCAAAUAGAGAGAGUGUCAGGGAAAUACUCCGGCGGAAACGAGAAGAAGCUGGAGAUGUUUUUGAACAGGACGACAGAAGAAGGGUAGCCACAUCGGUGGACAGACUAUACGGUGGGAGCUGUGAAAAUUUGUUUGAGGGAAGGGGACGGUCAAAGUCUCGUGAAAGACUCCAAAAUGGUUAUAUUUGUGAGUAUGGGAGCAGUGAAUACAUACCAAAGAAAUCCGUGAGUGCUAAAUGUGCUGUGGAUUCAGGCAGAAAUCAGCGAGCAUCCCGAUCGAGAAGUCCACCGAAAGGCCUGGGCACUGUCAAGGGAGACAUGGCUUUUGUGCCUUUCACUGGAUCUCAAAACAGCGCCGGGGUGAUCAUCUCUAGGAGGGACUACGUUAUGUUCAGGUCCUUAGCAGAAAAACAAAAUAAAGCAGCAGGAAGAAUGGAGAGAGAACGCCAUAAAAUAACAAAGAAUUCUAAGAGGAGUAACUUUUCAAAGUCUGGGAGUCAGAGGAGACUCGAGGAUGUCACCUAUGAUCCCUUCUCGGCAGCAGAACUCCAAAUGCAAUCACUGAUGGGGCUGUCUCAAUCACCUUCAAGUAAGGGGACUGGACUUGGGCCGGCUGGAUUAGGAUUAGGAAUGUCUAUGAUGGAGUCAAUAAGAAUGGAAGGUACUGGAAGAGAAUCACCAGAUUUUGAUUUUGACAUGGGACUUGAAGAAUUUGAAAAAGAAUACCAGUCUACCAAAACCCAAUCUCUUGGAUAUGGCUCCCCAAAACUGAGAACAAGAAAGGAUGCCAAAUCCUCAGUAAGUGGAUUAGGUAAAAGAAGCGGCAGUUUAAGUGGGUUAUCCCAGGAGCAAACAACACCUGGCUGUGAUGUGGAAUUGGAUUGGUCUUGGAAAGACAAUCCCAGUUCGUCCUCUGAUUGCUGGAGGGCUGAUACAGUAUCCCCAACAUUUAAAAAAUCUUCAUGGGCAACUCCAAGAGAAGCUAGAAACAAUAAUCAGAAUCUCUUAUCUUCAGUAUCACAAGAAAACAUAUCCAAUGAUGCUCAUAGAUGGUCUUCUGCCCACGAAUCAUCUCGAGAAUCUCGUAGUUGGUCUUCCCCUGCAAGAGAAACCACCUGGAUGUCACUUACACAUGACAUACAUAACUGGUCAGCUUCUGCUCAAGGUAAUGACUCCUUGUCCUUACCAUCACGUGAUAGUCCAAAGAAGUCAUCUCCAGCUCGCGAGAUACGAUAUCAAUCUCCCGAUCGCAGUUCUCAUGGUUGGAUAUCUCCUGCUCAUGGCAGUCAGUCUUCCACUAAUGAUACUAACAGAUUUUCUUCACCAACUCGUGAUAGUGUUAGUGAAUCUUCUGUUACAAAUGAUGCUCGUAGCUGGUCAUCUCCAGCCCGUGACAGGCAUUCUCCACCUCACGACAAUUUUAAACCUUUCACUCAUGAUAACCAUACCAGAUCAUCACUUGCAAAAGACUCUCAAAAUAAAGUCUUUACUGUGGAUGCUCAAGAAUUGGUUUUGCCUACUCCUGAUACUCACAGUAGGUUUUCAAGAAGUCACAAUACUUAUAGGUCUUCGCCUUCCAGAGAUAAAGAGAAUAUUUUUAGUAGUGACAAACAAAAAGAAAUUUUGCCUUCUUAUGAAUCACAAAGAUUGUCAUCCCCACUACAGAAAUCAGUGAAAGAUUCAUCUUUUGGAUAUGAUGCUUGCAGCUGGUCCUCUCCAACUCGAGAGAGACUCGGUGAUUUACCUUUAGGAUAUAGUUGUUUGUCAGAUAUUUUAGGCAAUAAUAAAAAUGAAUCGUCUAAAUUCCGUGAAAUGUCGAGUUGGAAGUCUGCCACGGCGGAAAGACAAAAGGAUUCUUCUGUUGACCGAGUCAUUAAUGCUGAGAGGCCCACUGAAGAGAGAUGUUUUGCUAUUGGAACAAGUUUUUGUGAGAGGUCUAGUGUAUCACCAGUUCGUGAUACUAACAGAUGGGCAACUUCAGCGAAAGACGAAGGUGGUGUAAACACAUCUUCCAAUAAUAAGAGCCAAAGUAGUUGGGGCGCUGGGGAGUCUUCAUCUGGACUCUCUUCAUUAAGCAAGCACUUUGGAGGAAGCUCAAUAAACACUCAACAGAGCACUGCUUUGAUGACAACUUCUGACGAAGGGUAUAAAAAGAAGAGUGGGUUUGAAACGUAUCGUGCCACCCAGGAUUCCUUAGAUAGCGACGUGAAUUCUGCCAAAAAGGGCACUAAUAGCGGUGACGAUUCACACCUGCGAGUCUCAAGUGGAUCAUCGUCAGAUUCUUCCUCUUUGCCUCCCUUGUCCUCUCCAACUUUAUCUACAUCUGCACCGGGGAACCACACGGGAGAUCCCGGAAGCUCAACUUCAGCCAUGAAGAUGCCAAGAUUCUGUCAUGAAUGUGGUCACAAAUAUCCUGUACUUUUAGCAAAAUUCUGCUGCCACUGUGGCUCUCGCAGAGCUAGUGUAGAGAAUUGACAGUAGCAAUCACAUCCAAAAUCUCAUGAAGUCCACAAGAGGGAAGAACGUCAGGUUAUCUUCAUGUAGAAGAAAAGUGGACAUUUUUAUAUUAUUUUCCCUUGUUUUCAUUUAUAUAACAGAUGUUAAUAACUGUGUUCUAAGUUAACAAGAAUGUAAUGAACAAAGUUUGCUGAGCAUUUCUGUAGUGCUUUUUGAGCUAAAAGGGGAAUAAGACUAACAACUUGAUAAGGAUUUACUCACUUUAAAGUUUCAUGGCAAUUUUUAAAAUAUUAAGAUUUCUACUGCA